AUGGACCAUCAGCCCGACAGGACAACAAUCCACUCAUUCGACUACUCGGAGAUUAUCCGAGCGUUUCCAGGAGAGACGCAAUUUCUGGUGACGACCAAACUUGGGGACCUUCCGACUAGGCGGUUCAGCGCCCUAUUUUCGGGAUUGGCCUCGCGUGGCCUUUCUCUCGACGUCCCUCCGGUGGACACGACGGUCGCAAUCGGGCAGGAUGCUCUGCUUCAUUGCAUAUCGAACGCGGAGAACGCGACGUACGCGUGGACGAAGAACGCGUCGCCGCUGAACGUGAAGGGCGACAAGAGAAUGAGUCUUGUCGUCGACGGAAGUCUUAGGAUUGAGAGAGUGACCGUCGACGAUGUCGGUCUGUAUCAGUGUACCGUCAACGGACCAUCAUACAGACCCGGAACUAAGUCAGCCGAGGCUAUACUCUCUGUUUUCAGUAAACCGCAAGUUGUUUUCCAAGCGGUCAUUUCUGAUGAUUCCGGUUUUCGUGUGUCCUGUUAUGCCAACGGGACGGCUCCGAUGGACGUCGAUCUGCUCUGCAAUGGUCGAGUGAGGCUGAUGGACGAGGUUACGAGAGAUGACUUUUUGACAGAGAUUACAACCGAUAGGGUUUUGGUGACAAAGGACAGUGUUUGCCAGUGUCUUGUUUACAAUGAUUAUGGAAGUGUUCAGGAUAGUGUUUACAUCAAUGUUACUGGAGGUAGAGUUAACGGUCGAUCAACACCUCGACCCCCGAAAGACAAUGAAAGAACAGUGAGGAUUUUGACUGCGACUCCAAGAUCUGAAGCAACAAAAUCUCCUGGUCCAGAUGUGAACACAAACUUAGCGGAAAAUGCAGGGAAGGAUGGACUAUCAGACGGAGAACUCGCUGGCCUUGUGAUUGCCAUCAUCUUGCUCAUCAUCAUCGUCAUUGCUCUCGUCAUAUUUGCACUUCACCACAACAAGAAACCCAGACCAAGUCGAAGAGAAUUAACAACGAGUGACAUUGGGGAUCCAGUACCGUCCGAACAGUUUGUGAGGUCGGUGCACGGUGAUGCCUCAAGGGCUCACAAACAGAUCUCACCCCAAUCGGACAACGAGCACCCCGAUAAAUCAAAACCCGAUCUCGAUGAUUCGAGAAGAAACAGCCGCAAUGAUUUCAGUGGGACGAGUUCGGGAGCCGGUCUACUCGAGUUUACAGUCCUAGCUGGCUCUCAAGACUCACUCAAAGCAUUUGCAUCUAAACAACCAACGGAAGCCUCUCCGGGCGACAACAAUGCGUCCACAAUGCGAUUACAGUAUGAAGAUCCGGAUAGCAUGCGACCGGGCAAGGACAAACAGACGCGGACAAGCGUCGUCGCCCUAAGAAAAGACGGAUAUGCAGUAGUAGAAGAAGACGUGAGGACACAACAGAAUGUUGUCGUCGAAUUGCAUCCAGGCAGUCCGAGUGACCGCAGAAAGCCGCGAGUCGGAUCGAGGCCCGUUCCGGUAGGAUCCGGAGAGUAUGCCCGUCUCGACCCGUUGCCUCAACCUAAGCACUCACCUCCCGUCCCACCCAAAUCAUCGACUCCGUCAUCGGCGGUACCGUACGGUAUCGACGACGAUUGGCAUUUCGUACAGAACGGUGACGAGUACGCGAUUGCCGAAGUGGCAGGCAAGAGAAAGUCGAGCCCGUCGGAUGUGAGAGACACCGCGUAUGCGAUAUCUGAUUUGCCUCAGGAAGAGAACGCAGAGACUCGUCACUCAGUUGUGACACAAACUGGGAGCCGACCGCAGCCCAACCGAGCGGAAAUCAACAGUGGAGUGACAUACGCAAUCCUCAUGCCCGAUACGUAGUUAUAAUACGAGUAAAUCGACAUGUUUGCAAUAGAGUUUAAGAGAGGAUUGAUUGCUCUUGCAAUUGAAUGACGUAGAAUGUAUUGUAUUGUAUUGUAUUGUAUUGUACUUUUGUAUGCAGUAUAUAGCAACAUGCAUGCGCGUCAUCGGAUUAUCGGGUGAUGCAGCUAGGAGAUAGACAAUGCAAACGGAUUUGAACAGUUGUUGCAGAUUCUGGUGUAAUUUUGGUAAUACGUAUAAAUAGUGGCAAUAGACGACAUUUUAUUGACUA